AUGGAGACUCCAAUGGCUGUGAUCCCAGCGUCCAUCUCUUGGAUGCAGGCCCAGGCUGCAUCCUGCUGGAACAACAUCCCAGCAGUGCUCAUCUUUCUCCUGCUGCUGGCCCUGCUGCUCGAUCAUGUAAAGUACAGAAAAAGAAGCAGUCGAUUUCCACCAGGACCUACCCCUCUCCCUUUCCUUGGGAACUUGCUGUUAAUCGAUCUCAGAAAUCCACAUAUUUCUCUUAAACAGCUGGCAGAGAAGUAUGGAACUGCUUUUUCAUUCCAAGUUGGAUGGCACAAAUUUGUUGUACUGAGCGGAUUCAAGAUGAUAAAAGAGGCACUGGGACAGAAAGCGGAAGACUUCGCAAACAGGCCACAUAGUCCACUGUUCAACCUAGUAGGCUUUAAAAAAAACUGUGAAGGAAUACUCAUGGCGACAUACAGCAGUGGCUGGAAGGAGCAGAGGAAAUUCUGUGUCUCCACUCUGAAAAACUUUGGGAUGGGGAAGAAAACACUUGAACAGAAGAUAUCUGAAGAAGCUGGAUACUUAUGUUCUGAAUUCAAAUCACAAGCAGGCUAUCCCUUUAACCCACAAUAUCUUGUGAACAACGCAGUUGGAAAUAUUAUUUGCAUCCUAACAUUUGGUGACCGCUUUGAAUACAAUGAUGAGACCUUCCUGAAGAUAAUGCAUUUGACAGAGGAUAUUAUGAAGACAUUAACCAGAAACCUGCCCCAGCUUUUCAUCUCAGUAUCCUGGCUUUCCUAUAUUCCUGGACCUCACCAUAAAAUUAAGAAGCUGUAUAAUGAUAUUACUGCCAUAGUAAGAGAGAUUGUGAAUGAACAUAAGAAAACAAGGGAUCCUGCUUUCCGAAGAGAUUUCAUUGACGCAUUUCUGGAGGAGAUGGAAAAGGUCCAAGGGAAUCCAGAAAGCAGUUUUAAUGAACAGAACCUCAUUAAAAUUAUUUAUGAUUUGGUUGCGGCUGGCACUGAAACCACUGCUUCCACCAUACUUUGGGGAUUGCUGAAAAUGGUCCUUCAUCCAGAGGUUCAAAAAAGAGCCCAUGAAGAAAUUGACGAAGUACUUGGGAGGGACAAAACACCUAUGAUGGAGGAUCAGCCCAAAAUGCCUUAUACUAAUGCUGUAAUCCAUGAAAUUCAACGUUGUGCUGAUAUUGCAAGUUUUGCAUUUCCUUAUAUAACACGGCAAGAUGUUGAAGUUGGAAAGUUUAUCAUCCCUAAGAGGACUGUAAUCUUCAAUCACUUAUCUUCUGUGCUGAAGGAUGAAACCAUGUGGGAGAAGCCACACCAGUUUUACCCCGAGCACUUCCUAGAUGCAAAUGGGCAGUUCGUCAAGCGAGAGGCCUUCCUGCCUUUCUCCGCAGGUCGCCAUGCCUGCCCUGGAGAACCAAUGGCUAGAAUGGAGCUCUUCAUCUUCUUCACCACCCUCCUACAGCAUUUCACUUUCAGCAUCCCUGAGAACUAUCCUAGGCCUGAUGAAGAAAGGCACUUUGCCCUCACUGUCAGUCCAUCCCCUUUUCAGAUUUGUGCCAUCCCCAGAUAAUAUCUCGAGGGUAUCUGUUACUCAG